CAGAGGGCAGCAAGUGACAAACUUCCAUCAGUUAAGGAAGUGACGUUGCAGCGUUUCGGCGUGAUGACGUUUUAGCACGAGAGGAACUUUCGGCAACGUCGCGACUGGACCCGUCGCUGUGAUUCCGUGAAGCUGUAAACGUCCGGACGGAACCCAAAGUGUGUGUUUACGGCCCGUGGGACCACAGGCAAUAUCCUGCGCACACACACACACACACACACGCACUCGAGUGGGAGUGUCCAAGAAGAGGGUGAGGGGCGACUCCGUGCAGAAACCUGAUCCCGCUUCGGGCCCUUUAAAGGAAGACGUUCUAACUCAAUGGAGGCCGGGAGGAGGAGCGUGCGUGCGCGUGCACGUGCGCGCGCGCGCUUUGCGGCUAAGCACGCAGCAGGCUCACAAGGCGAGCUGAGCUGGGCCAGGCGAGACCGGUGGCUGGGAGCUCCAUCAAGACGAAGACGAAGAAGAAGAAGAAUGAAUGAGCGGCUGGAGCAAAACGGCGUGGACGGCGUGGACGUGCGAUUCUGAGUCGGUGGUGGAGUCAACGACCCAAAAGUGUGAGGAAAUCGCGGCCAUGGCCGACGUGCUGGAGAGCGGCGGCGGUGGCGCGGCGCCGUCCGGCGUGGAUUGGCACCAGCGCUGCGUGGCUCUGGAGAUGCAGCUGCUGAGGUUCCGGCUCCAGGCGGGGAAAAUCCGGGAGCUGCUGGCCGAAAAGAUGCAGGAACUGGAGCAGCGGGUGAUCCGGGCCGACCAGCGUGCGGAGAACGCGGAGAAACAGAUCCACGCCAUGGAGGAAAAGCUCAAGUCGGCGAACGUCCAGAGCAACGAGUCCGAGAGCUUGUUUUACAGAAAGUGCCAAGACCUGACUGCCCGGGUCCAGGAGAAAGACGCCGCCAUCAAAAGAUUAGAGAUACAGCUGGAAAAGCAGGUCUUAGUCAGAGCCCACGAGGCUAAAAUAAUUGAAGAGAAGGCAGCCAAGAUUAAAGACUGGGUAACCGUAAAGCUCAGCGAGAUGGAGCAAGAGAACCAGCAACUUAAACAGGCCAACUUGAAGCAGACGGAGCAGAUUGCGUUGCUACAGAACAAACUACAAGAAAAAACGACCACCUGUCCCUCCGGAUCCCCCGGUAAGUCCCCCAAAGCAGAUGGCCACCAGGUACCUAAAAGUCCCCAGUUUCCUCCGAGCUGCCCUGAUACGCCGACCUCGCCAGAUCACAGCAGGAGACCGGCGGUUGCCUGUGGAACUGGAAAGAACUUGCCAACGGAUUCGAAAAGAUCUCCGGAACCGAGCCGUGAAGGUAUUUGCCACAGCCGCCAUCUGACCCGCAAUCCUCAGUUGCAAGAUCAGCGUAGGGAGGACCUUGGACCAGAACCCCCAGACUGCUCCGAGGGUAGAGACAACUCCUCUGCUGAGUUGAACAGCAAAUUCCGCUUGCAAUGUCUUCAUUCGUCCUCGUCAUCUUCUUCCUCAGCGUACGAGGUGGCUCAAGGACCCCCGAGCUCCCCCAGGACUCCCCUCAGUCUUGCACCGAAAAGCCCGCUCUCGCUGCACUCGCCGUCACCCGACAGUCCCUUUCCCGGUCCCGUUGAGACGUCAGCCCCCCAAUCCGGCGCCAGCAUGACCUUACCCAAAAUCCGGACUCCGCUCACCCCCAGGGACAGCAUCCAGCUGGUGAAGAAACACUUCAGCCAGCCCCAGUCCGGCCUGGACCGACACCACCACCUGGUCAGCAUCGACAUCGUGACACCCUCGUCCACGUGCUCCACCCUCACCGCCGGCACGUUGCCCUCCUCCCGGCCGGUCGAAGAGACGGACAUCGAUGACGCUCUCCCGGACAGCAUGGACGGCGUGGUGGAAGGGUCUGGAUCCGCGGAGCCCGCCCAGCGGGAUGGAGUCCCCUUUGCGGAUCUCCCAGAGGAACCGGAGAGGCUGGAUCCCGACGCUCUGAAACCACCGACGCCUCCGUUACAUCGCUUCCCUUCAUGGGAGAGUCGAAUAUAUGCCGUGGCCAAGGCCGGAAUGAGAGUAUCUGAGACGUCUCCUGGAACGAGGUGCCCCAAUCGAGGGUCCGUCUCGCCACAGUGCCCGGCGGCCAGUCCGUUCGCGCAGUUGAUGUACAAGAACAUCAGCGUUCCGGUCUACACCGCGCUGAAAGGGAGAGCCACGCAGAUCAGCGCGGCGCCUCUGCGGGACAACGACGACUCGGGUUCCGAAGACGACAGCGGCUCGCUGGCCAGCCUGCGGACCUCCGGGCUGGGUCCGGACAAGAGGGGCGGCGUCCCCGGCAGUCCCCGUGCUGUCAAGAGAGGCGUGUCCGUGUCGUCCGUUAGCUCGGAGAGCGACUACGCCAUCCCGCCCGACGCCUGCUCCCUGGACGGCGACUACUCGGAACCGGAACACAAAGUCCAGAGGACGUCGUCUUACUCCUGCGAGAGCCUCGGGCCCGAGACGCUGGAGAAAAGCGGCUACCUGCUGAAGAUGAGCAGUCAGGUGAAGGCCUGGAAGCGCCGCUGGUUCAUCCUCAGGAACGGCGAGAUCCUCUACUACAAGUCUCCCAGCGACGUCAUCAGGAAACCGCAAGGUCAGCUUGAGCUCAACUCGUCUUGCCGAAUUGUGCGCGGAGAAGAAACGCAGACCUUCCAGUUGAUCACGGAGAAGAAGACCUUGUACCUGACGGCGGAUUCGCCCAACAUCCUGGAGGAGUGGAUCCGGGUCUUGCAGAACCUCCUGAAAGUUCAGGCCAGCAGCCCGCUCAGCGUGGAGCUGACCUCGGCCAAGCCCGCCGUCACGGGCUGGCUCACCAAGGUCAAACACGGACAUUCCAAGCUGGUGUGGUGCUGUUUAGUUGGAAAGGUCUUCUACUACUAUCGCAACCCAGAGGACAAACUGCCCCUGGGCCAGCUGCAGCUGCGCUCGGCGUCCGUGCAGGAAGUGGACCGUUCGUGCGACUCGGACGAGGACUACGAGGCGGGCGUCCGCGGCGGCUUCCUGUCGUCGCACUGCACCCUGGCGGUCAAGCCCGGCGACCAGAGCCCCUCGUACCUCCUCGUCCGCACCAAACAGGAAAAGGACGCGUGGCUGUACCACUUGUGCGUGGCGGCGGGCGGCGGCGCCAACCUGAAGGUGGGCACCGAGUGCGAGCAGCUGAUCGGCAGGCUGCUGGACGCGGAUGGAGAUGCGGAAUGCAGCCUGUGGCAGAGCGACGCGUUGAGCUUCUCCAAGGAAGGUCUGCGCUCGCCGCUCACCACGCUGCCGUCGGACGCCCUGCAGACGGAGGCGCUCAAGCUCUUCAAGUCGUGCCAGCUGUUCAUCAACGUGCUGCUGGAGUCUCCCAGCGUGGACUACCACACGUCGCUGGCGCAGAACGCGCUGCAGGUGUGCCUGUCGCACCCGGAGCUGCACAACGAGAUGUACUGCCAGCUCAUCAAGCAGACCAACCGCCGCACGCCCCACAACUACUCCGUCACGCAGUGCUGGCAGCUGCUGUCGUUGUGCGUGGCUCUCUUCCUCCCCCAGCAGCACUUCCUCUGGUACCUCAGGCAGCACCUGCACCGAAACGCCGACCCCAGUAGCGACGUGGGCAAGUACGCGGUGUACUGCCAGCGCUCCGUGGAGCGAACGCUGCGCAACGGCGAGCGGGAGGCCAAACCGUCGCGCAUGGAGAUCGUCUCCAUCCUGCUGAGAAACCCCUACCACCACUCGCUGCCCUUCAGCAUCCCCGUGCACUUUAUGAACAACACUUACCAGGUGGUGGGUUUUGACGGGUCCGCCACGGUGGAGGAGUUCCUGAACACGCUGAACCAGAGGAUCGGCAUGCGCAGUCCUCAGCUGUCCGGCUUCGCCCUCUUCACCGACGACCCGUCCGGAAAAGACUCGGAGCACUGCUUGCCGCCCGCCGCCAAGAUUUGCGACGUUAUUUCCAAGUGGGAGCAGGCCCUGAAGGAGAUUCACCCGGGCAAGAACGAAGCCACGCGGAUCCUACGACUGACUUACAAGAAGCGGCUUUGCUUCCGCUCUCAGGCCAAAGGCGAGACGGAGCGGGAGCGCCUCCUGCUGGCCCACCAGGUGAACGACAACGUGCAGGAGGGCCGCUUCCCCGUCAACAAGGAGCUGGCGCUGGAGGUGGCCGCCCUCAUGGCGCAGGUGGAGUACGGCGAUCUGGAGCGAACCAGCGCUCAACCCAAAUCCCACCUGAUGCUGCUCCCGCAGGCGCUGGAGCGCUUCUACCCCAAACGCUACAAGCGCAACUGCGGCGCCGAGCAGCUCAGAGACCUCGGCGAGCGUUUGGCGGCCAAGUGGUCCACGCUCCGCGGCUGCGGCGCCGCCGACUGCGUGAGAAUCUACCUGACGGUGGCCCGCAGGUGGCCCCUCUUCGGGGCCAAACUCUUCAGCGUCAAGGCGGUGCCCCCCGUCCCGUCCGAGCAGGGCCCGGCCUGGCUGGCGGUCAACGAGGACGGGCUCUUCGUGCUGGACUACGCCAUGCAAACGCUGUCCUCGCACCCGUACCAGUCGGUGGUCACCUUCGGCGGCUGUUGCGACGACUUCGUGCUGGUCACCAGCCAGCAGAAGGAGCCCGGCGGCGGCAAGGCGAGCGCGGAGAAGCUGCUGUUCGCCAUGGCCAAACCGAAGAUUCUGGAGUUGACCCUGCUCACGGCCAGCUACAUGAACCACUGGACUCCCCCCAGCGCCCCCAAGAGCCAGUGGGACGCGGACGCCCGCCACUUCCCCGCCAUGAACUACACCACCGAGGUCCCCACGCUACUCUGAGCGUCCUAAAAGUGCCGAAUUUUUAUUCUUUGUCUCCGCGAACUUCCCUAGAAAAUGUGUCGCAAAGGUACUACGGGUUGUUUUCACGUGACGUCACCCGUUGCGCCGCCUCGGUCGGCGGCCGUUUUCGAUCCCUGAGCUCCGUUACCGACAUUAUGUUUCUAACGGCACUUAUUUACGAGGCUACGUGUCAAUGCGCACAUCAUGGGACUCAAGACUGCGUCGCAAAGGCGCAGUAUUGUGCCCUUGAUCUUGUACUCUACGUGAUCCAGAAAUCCCGAAGGAGGAGCAGUGGGAUCGGACCCUUGUCUGCUCAAGACACUUCCUAAAUGAUUAGUUCAGUCUUGUUUUUUAUAGUUAGGUUGUUGUAGCGAACGGAAAUUGCCGCGGUACGUGCUGAGCUCUGUAACGUCCGCGCACCAUUCCUCGUAGAUAUAAAAGCAUAUUCCACGGACUUUCGUUUUACGUCUUAGCAUACAGCUAAGUUCCCAUAUAAAGAAAUAGAUGUAAGCUCGUUAGCUCGGCGACACAAUCGGCGCGAUGGAGGUUGGAGCAGGCUAGCGCGAUAGCGAAAGCCAAGUCUCCGUGAAGCGCAGAGCCGCAGAACGUCCAAAGUCUUUCGUCGGAAGCGUUAGACGACGUCGCCGCUUCCGAAGUCGGACUUUGGACCUCGGCGGAUCGCGAGGCUUUGAAGAGCGCGCCGGCUAGCAAAUCUGGAAAAAUGCUUCAGCGAAUUGGCGAGAGUUGUCGAAAAAAAGUCCGAAGAAGGCUCACUGAUGGUUAGCAAGUCCUCUCUUGUGUGCUUGAGUCCCCAGACACCCGUGAAACACAAACGGUGACGGGGAUAGCAUUCCGGAGGCCACAACACUGGUAGGCGUUAGGUCGGGAGAUUAAAUGGCGGCGCGCAAUUCAGCAAAAAAAAAACCUGACGUCAGUGAAAACAACCCAUUGCGAGGUUAGCAGAUCCCGUUAGCUUAAACAAACUCACGAGCCGUUUUCCACAGUCCAGUAUCGACACGCUCUUGUGACGCAAAGUUACGUUUUUCGGCAGCCUUUCCGCCUUCUCUUCAGAUUUGUUAGCAUUCACUUCGAUAAACGGCACACGUAACGUUAGCGUUAGCGUGUCCUGUUGCCGUUGUCGCCAUUUCGCUGUAUAAAAUUAGCUCCUUUGUUAGCUUGUCUGGUUGCGAUUGAAGCGUUCGAUGUAGUAGUAAUUUUCAGUUUUAGCGUACUACUACUACGAUCCUACGUACAGUAAGACCCAAAAACUAUGAUAAGUAAAAACGGUACCGUGGAGUGGAAUUCUUUUCAAGUAUGUGUUUAUUUUUUGAAUUAUUUUUCUUUUUCCUGUUGCCUCGAUUGUGCCUUUUGCAAAAAUGACUUUCGGAUAAAAAUGUUGCCUUAUUAUUAAGGCUAAUCUUUUUUUUUUUUUUGUAUUUUUAAUUCCUGCCUAUGACUGUGUGGACUUACUGUACGAGGUGUCGGACUCGAUGCUGCCACCAACUGGACGUGGAGGAUGAUACACAGUUUUUGUUUGCCUCAAAGGUCCCAUAUUUUACAAAACGCGACUUGUUUUUUUUCUAGUACGUAGGAUGUAUUAUUGUCUUUAUGAUGCUCCUCUAAAGAUGUGAAAUAUGAAUCAAAGUCAUCUACGCAUUCCUGAGUUUGACAUUUUUCUACCGAGUCAUUGGAAUUUCUUCAUCUUAUCUAUGUCAUUAGCAAAUAUCUCCGCCUACCUCCCCACUCCCGAGCCAGAGUUGUCAAUGUCACAAACAGACGGAGGCAACCAAUCAGAGGAAAGGGGCGGGCUUAGCCAAAUACAGACAAACUGGAUACAAAACUGGGUCAAACACAAGUAGCUGUCAGAGAGGCCUUUUUUGGACACUCAUAUGGCAAAAUCUAGACUUUUGUACUUAGUCCACGUUGGAGAAUUAAUCUACGGAGGCCUAGAUAACCAAAAUAUGGGACCUUUAAAAUGGGACAGAACCACUAAUGACACGUUUUGUGGCUCACUUGUCUGGUGUUAUGCUAAUUUUUUUUUUUUUUUUUUUUUUUUACAUUUCAGCAACGUCACAUUAUUCUAUGCUGGAAAAAAAAAAGACUUGAACUCUUUUUGGAUAGAACCACUGAUUUUUGUUUGUGGAGUAAUAUUAAUUUAUUAUUAUGCCAAACCAUCUUUAUUGCGGGGGGAUGAAUCUUGCUUAAAAAGGCAAAACUUAGUGAAUUAAUUAAGGCAGUAAUUUAAGAAUGUGUGUUA